AGUGACGACGCGUUGUGUUCCCACCGAUAAUGGUGAGAAUGGUUCGCUUCAAACGCAACAAUGGAUAGCGAAUCCAAAAAAGUACGCCGGUACUGCCAGGAAUGGGUGGCGAAAAUCCGCACCGUCUUGAGCAACAUCACCGUGGAGCCCAUCCUCAUGUGCUUCGUCCUGCCCUGCAUCAUGGCCAACCUCGCCACCCAGAACCUGAACAUGGACAAAGCGUGCCGGGUGAAUUUGAAACUGGAUGACGGGACCUGUGAUGCGAUGGUACUGCGGGAUACCGAAAGGUACAACCAGAGCGACGAAGUGGCCGUCCAGAAGCUGGUAGCGACGAUGAACGCCUGGAAGAACGUGAUCCAGAGCUUCGUACCAUCGCUACUGUUGAUGUUCUUGGGUUCGUGGAGCGACAGACACAGAAGAAGGAAGCCGUGUUUCUUAGGACCCAUCAUAGGGGAGAUGGUUACUUGUAUGGGACUUCUCUUUUGCACCUUUUUCUACUACGAACUACCAGUGGAGUACAACGUGUUCUUCGAAGCGGUACCACCGUCACUGACUGGGGGUUGGUUCGCGAUGUUCAUGGCCAUCUUCAGCUACAUCGGGGGAAUAACGAGUGUGCAAACCAGGACACUGCGAAUAGGAGCGGUGAACAUCUUCGUCAAUAUUAGUUUCACGGUUGGGAAUGCUUUGAGUGGGAUUCUGUACAAGCAUAUUGGGUUCUACGGGAUUUUCUCCCUGGCGUUGCUAUUCUAUCUGGUCGGGUUCUGCUACGGUGUGUUCGUCGUGAAGGAAAUUCCAAGUGAAGGUACCACGAUUGGUACCAACUUCUUGAAGGAUUUCUUCAACGUGAAACACGUAGCGGAGACCUUUCGGGUGGCUUUUAAGAAAGGCAAACGCAACAGGAAGGCGAGGAUUUGCACCAUGAUGGUUCUGUGUAUGGUGAUUGUGGGACCCAUGCACGGCGAAGUAAGCGUCUUGUACUUAUUCGUCCGCUACAGAUUCGGCUGGAACGAAGUUGACUACAGCAUAUACUCGACUUUUUACGUGAUCACUCACAUGCUUGGAACCCUCUUCUCUCUAAUUUUAUUUUCGAAAAUUUUAAAAAUCGACGACGCCGCUUUGGGUUUUCUUUCAAGCGCUAGCCGCAUCGUGGCGUCCGUGGUGUACGCCUUCGCCCCCAACGCCUGGGUCUUUUACGCUGGUGCUUUGAUCGAGAUUCUCAACGGUACCACUUUCAUCGCUAUGCGUUCUAUUAUAUCGAAACUAGUACCACCUGACGAGCUAGGGAAGAUUAAUUCGCUGUUUGGGUUGUCGGAGGCGUUGGUGCCGAUUGUGUACGGACCGCUGUAUAGCAUAGUGUACAAGCACACCAUUAGUAGUCUGCCGGGGACGUUCUUUCUGGUGGGAGGGGCCCUCACGGUACCGUCGCUCUUCAUCUUCUGUUGGUUGUACAACGAGCACAAGCGCGACCGUGAAGAAGACGCAAUUUCAGACUGUAAUAAAACUAACCUCUAAUGAUAAUAAAUUAUUGUUACCGUU